AUGAGCAUUCUCAAACUACCUGUCGAGAUUGUUUCUCUUCUUGUUGAGUUGCUCAACGUUGAAGAUGUGUUCAACUUGGCUCUGUCCUGCAAAUCCUUGACCUACAUUCUCUACGAUAGACGAAUGUGUCGCCUUGCACUCUUGAAGGCACCGUAUUCCGCAGAGGCUCAGGAGGCGCAGUCGACCAAGGACUUCCCAAGGUCAUUCCGUAAGCUUGCUAAGCGGCGAAUAGCUGUCCAGGUAGCGGAACCAUGGAUGGUUGCUAUAGUUGCCAUGGCAGAUCGUUUCAUUUAUACGAAUGGGCACUUGUGCUACACUGUUAAUAGCAACCAUCUCCGCGUCCUCAGCACGCUCGACAAAAAGUUCACGUCUGAAAGGAUAGUCGAUGUUCCGCUACUUCUCAAGCUCGCAGUAAGAGACUACGACUGUCAAAGACCGCACACCUUUGAACCCCUUUACUACGCCGAGGGCGUCUUGUCAUGCCUUGCCACUCAAGUUCUCCAAGACUCAACCACCAGCAGUUGGCUUGUCAUCUUCGAGCUCAGAGAAUCUCCCACAUGGGUUGUCGUACAAAGGCCGUGUUCAAGACACCCGCUAUUUGUACGUAAUGACAAGAAUUAUCUGUUCUGGGGUUCAAAAUCACAUGCCACGCUAGACGGUAGCUACAGAUGGGGCAUUCACUGCCUCAAUCUCCAGACUCGCAAGUGGGCUGAUUCGCAGCUGUUUCUAUGGGACCUUGAAGGGGAGAGUAUAGGGUCUGACGUCUGCUUUGAAAUAAUCGAUGGUCAGUUUUACUGUGUUUCGAACACGUUCAGAACAGAAGCCGAUGACGGAAUGCGCAAUAACUUCUACCAAGUUGUGAGGUUCCCCGUGGACAAUGCGGUCCACGGAAGUUGCGAGAAGCCUCCCAUGUGCAACCUAUGGCGUCUUCAUGACUCAGAGGGCGCAGUAGACGAGCGGUGGACUUCACUGCAGCUCACUAAAGACGAGAAAACAGGGAACCUCUUCAUUGUCGAGACUCGAAAGGAGUGGUUCCCGGGAAAUGCAGGCAGCCAGAGGACGUGCUACAAAAAGGAGCUUCACUUUGAUAAACAAGAAGAAGCCCCUCAGCCAGAGCCUUCUCUGCCCACUCCGCCAGAGUCGACUGUGGACAGCCUCGAAGGAGAUGAAUGGAGCAGUGAGAACCAUAUUGAAGAACGAUCAAGUGAGACGAUCCACAUUGGGGACGGCCCAUCUGAUGCCAAAACAUACACCCUCCAAGAAUGCUUUGUGCGUUCAUACAACCCAUCGUGCGAUGCUUUCAUCGACCUUGUUUCUGAGGCUUACAGUCCUGACUCGAUGAUGCAGCUCAGAGUACAGCCCAAGAAACGAGAACCGUCAGUCAAUACAUGGCCACGAGACCAAGAAACAGGCCACUAUCAUAACGACUCGGCUCAGCUCCAAGGAGUUGUCAACCCCGUCCAGCCUAUUCAAGGGAUCGAAUGGUCUAUGGAUGAGCGAAUCUUGGUGUAUUCACCAACUCAUAUGGCCUACGGACAAUUGAGGCCCAUCGUCCUCAUUUCGUUCGACCCAGAAUAUGUUCUUAAUGGCUUUCCGAAUUAUGCAACACAGACUCAAGGCGCAGAUGGCCAUCUCGGUGCCUCUGGCCAUUCGGAGACAAGCAGCGGACAGAAAGGCAUACUAUGGUCAUCAAACCAGGAUUUUGGUCAGUCCGCAUCGCCAGGAAAGGAUGAUCCCAACGCAUUUGCCAACUUUGUGAGAUCGCGCCCCUCGCUUUACCAGACGAUGAGUAUGGGAAACGGGAAUGCACAUGGUUUCGAUCUCUCAUAUCCAUGCCCUUGGCGAUGA